CGUCCCGCAUGCGUACUGAAGCUUGUCGCGGUCACUGAACGUCACCGCCGGAAGCGCUGCCGCGUAGUUUGCCUGUGUUAGUCGGUCCUGCUGCCCGCAAUGAGCAAGCGAAAGGCCCCCCAGGAGAGCCCCAACCAGGGCAUUACCGACUUCCUCAUGGAGCUAGCAAAUUACGAGCGCAACGUGAACCGAGCUAUCCACAAGUACAACGCGUACAGGAAAGCGGCCUCUGUCAUUUCCCGGUACCCCAGCAGAAUACGGAGUGGAGCCGAAGCUAAGAAGCUGGAUGGAGUAGGUGCUAAAAUAGCUGAGAAAAUAGAUGAGUUUUUAUCCACUGGAAAGCUUCGCAAAUUGGAAAAGAUUCGACAAGAUGAUACAAGUGCUUCCAUCAACUUCCUGACACGAGUUACUGGCAUUGGUCCUGCUGCUGCUAGGAAGUUUGUUGAGGAAGGAAUUAAGACUUUAGAAGAUCUAAGAAAAAAUGAGCACAAGCUGACCCAUCACCAGCGAAUUGGGUUGAAAUAUUUUGAAGAUUUUGAGAAAAGAAUUCCAAGGGAAGAAAUGCUGCAAAUGCAGGAAAUUGUGCUGAAAGAGGUAAAGAACGUGGACCCAAAUUAUAUUGCUACGGUCUGUGGCAGUUUUAGACGAGGUGCAGAGUCAAGUGGCGAUAUGGAUGUUCUCUUAACCCAUCCGACUUUCACAUCUGAAUCAUCCAAACAGUCAAAGCUUCUGCAUCAAGUUAUAGAACAACUGGAAAAAGUCCACUUUGUCACAGAUGUGCUAUCUAAAGGUGACACUAAAUUCAUGGGCGUCUGCCAGCUGCCAGAUAAAGAAGAUGGAACAUCUUAUCCGCAUAGGAGAAUUGAUAUUCGGCUUAUCCCUAAAGACCAGUAUUACUGUGGUGUACUGUAUUUCACAGGCAGUGAUAUAUUCAAUAAGAACAUGAGAACCCAUGCUCUAGAAAUGGGCUUCACAAUCAACGAGUAUACAAUCCGGCCCUUGGGUGUCACUGGAGUUGCUGGGGAGGCCCUACCGGUAGAAUGCGAGAAAGACAUCUUUGACUACAUCCAGUGGAAAUACCGAGAGCCAAAGGAUCGGAGUGAAUAACUGUCUAGAUUUGUGACCUAGGAAGACACUUUCAUAGCUCUUUGUGAACAUACAUAUUGAAAACCUGCACAUUCUUCCUUUAGAUAUUACUGCAAAAAAUGUACAUUACUGAUGUUUUAAAGGAGGGUCUGUGGCAGUAGCACAGUACAUGUAGAAAGGAUUUAAACUUUGCUAUACUCUGGAGAAAGUGGAUGAGAAUCCAAUGUGAAAUAACACUCCCUGAAGAGCGCUGGUAGUCUGCCUUUUGAUGUACUUGUCCUGGUAGCCUAAAAUACUUCCUGCUCUUUUAAGUUAUAACUAUCCCCUGCCCCUUAACUAUUUUUUACUGUUUUAUUGUCUAAUAUUUCUAAUACUUUAAAACAUAAUUUGUUUCCUAACCAUCUUGUUAUUGUUCCUUUGUUCAGCUGCAACAUAGUACAGCACUCUGCAGGCUUCAGUGCAAAAAAAUACAACAACAACAAAAAAAAACAGUAUAGAUAGAGAUGUUUGUGGAGGGUUUGAAGUAGAUGUGACUCUUAAGGUAAAUUGUUUAUUUCACCUAAAGAGUGAAAUUAAUGUUGCUUUCUCUCCCUCUCUUGAUGUUCUUAAAUGUUCAGAAAUCCAUUCCCGCAUAAAUUUUUAAAGACAGAAAUAUUCAUUCUUGAUGGAGGUUGCAGAUGCAUUUUGAUGUGACUUAAUUUUUUUGAAACAUGAAGCCUUGAUCCAAAAACUUUGCGUGGUAAAGAACAAGCUAGGUCUCUGAUUUUUGGCAGUUAUUCUGAAGAAAUAUAUAUACCUGAUGUAAAUAUAUAAAACUGUCAAACACAGGUAUUUAACAGAUGACUUGAGAGAGUAGGGACUAGUACUCUUGCUUUUCUUUUCUAUGAGGUCCUCUGAUGUCUGGUAGUAGGAACACAUUUAGCUGAUGGAUGCUGUGCUUCCUUCAAUAAGAAGUGGAAAUAAAGAUUUCAAUCCAACCUUG